AUGGAUUCUAAAAAACCCAGACAUCUGCACAUGCAGCGCCAUUUGAAGCUGCUAAUUUGGAAAUCUUACCUUCAAAGACAAAGAAGAUGGCCGAUCUUGGUGAUAGAGGCGUUGUUUGCGGGUGUAUUUUUCAUAACAUCAGUAUUUAUAGCGAAGCCCGUAUUCCUAACACCGAUCACUGACGCCCCGGGGCCGCCGCUGACAGGUGAUGCCAUACUCUCCUCGCUACAGAACAGCACAAUUCUCGGAUACGCGCCCAACACAAAUCCCUAUGCCAAAGUUAUGACAAGAGCUGCAGCUCUAUUGAGGAUUGAAGUCGUGGCGGGAAGCUCUGAAAGUGAUCUCAACAAUUUAUUAUACAACAGAUCGCAAGGAUCGCCGCUGAAUAAUUCUGUAAUAUGGGUCAUAUGGAAGACUAGUGAUUAUAACAUCUGGAAGUUCAGUAUAAAGAGCUCUGAGCGAGCGCGACUGGAGAUCCAGUCGGACGGCAAGCUGUCGCCGGAGCAGCACCUCAGCACUGGCUUCCUCGGCGUCCAGCUCGCCGUUAGCCAGGCCAUACUCGAACACAGCUCUGCAACAACGCCCAAGUUUGAUUUGAGCCUGGUAGCGAUGCCGGUGUCGCCCCUGAUGCUGCAGCCAGCGGUAAAGCGCGCGCUGGCCGGCAUCCUGCUCUGCUUCACAGUCGCCCUGCUGCCGCCUGUGCUCGAGAUCGAAGCCCUAGUAGUUACUGAGUCCGUGUCACAAUUUAAGAGGGCUCUGCGUAUCCGCGACGUGUCGUUCUCCUCCAUCUAUGUGGGGUGGUUGAUGUACGCCUACCUAACGGCGGUGCCAAUCUGUCUGCUGGCCAGCAUCACGCUCAUCCUCAUCUUCCGCUGGAUCCACCUUCUCUUUGCAUUCAUCAUCGUGCUUGCUUACAAGACCGUUUUGAUCAUGCUCGCUCUCAUAAUGGCCAUGUUUCAUAAUAAAGCCUGGAUAGCCUGCACGUGGACGACGCUGUUUACACUGAUGCAGACGUUUAUAUCGGAGCUACUCGUGCAUCACAAAUUCGACAUAGAGAAUAAAGCGCUAACAUUCGUGCUCCAAGUCAUCCUUCCCCCACUGGGUCUUGUGCACGCCUUCAAUGAAUUUGCAUUGCUUCAAACCGGCCGAGAAUUCGAUAACGUGGUUUCACUGGUCUAUCCUAUCUUAUCAUGGUUGUUGAUGAUUGCAUUUUACUUUUUUCUAUUGAUGACGUUGCAAAGAACUAUUAGCUUCGAAAAAGCAAUCGGGGGUCAAGUACCUUGGAAAACUGUAUUAUUUAAGAAAAGUACGGACAUAAACAAAUUGCAUCGAAUUGAGUCUUUGACUGGAACUGAAAGAGAUAACCUUCAAGCUGUCGAUGAACUUGUAGCUAAAGCUAUCAGUUUUAGAAAUGUUUCGAAGAGCAUGAUGGGAUCUGUGGUGCUGAGUAACGUGACAUUUGACGUGUACCGCGGCGAGUUCUCCAUGAUCAUCGCUGAUCGCAUUCAACACAAGAUGAUUGUUACUCUAACCGAUCUGUUUACUGGUCUAACGUUCGCGGAUAAGGGCACAAUCAACGUGCUGGGUCACGAGCUGCGGCCGGGCAGCAACUUCAUGAACGUGCCCUAUAUGACGGGCUUCUGCCACCGUAACCAAUGCCUCAUACACGACCUCACAGUGGAAGAACAUCUCAUCUUGUUUCUAGAGAUUUGUCUGUGGCAUGAAACGAAUGAAAACAUUAUUGAAUAUAGUCAAGUACGCAUCAGACAGCUCCUGAAGGAAGGAGACUUGGAAGAUGUAAAGAAUAAACAAAUUAAAUACCUGGAUGUGUACUACCAAGCGCAGUUGUGUUGGGCGAUUGCACUGCUUUUGGAACCGAGGAUUAUUAUACUCGACAAUUUUACAAUGAUGCCUGUGUAUGACGCAUUAAUCAAGGAUAAAAUAAUGCGCUACAAGAAGUAUAUAACAAUCGUGAAGUUCUCGUUUACCAGUAUUAAAAUGGAGUUUGCGGAUAGAGUAUUCUUAUUUGACGACAAAACUCUCAUCUUCGGUGGCACGCCAGCGUACAUGUUCUUUAAAUAUGGUCGGGAAUACCGAUUAAGACUGACAUUUGAAGCGGGAAUAUUGGAGAAUGAAGCAAUGCCUGAGAUAUUGCGCAGGGCACAGGGGGCAGGCGCGCGAGUACGGGCCAAUUUAGGUUCUCUUCUCAUCCUCAUGGUACCCGUCUUCCCCACCGCUAGCGUCGCUGCCUUCAUCAAAGAACUAACAAUACAUACUAAGGAGUAUGGCAUCACCUCCAUGCACAUCAGCGUUCCGGACUCGCAAGAAGUUUGUCACAGGGCCAUCAAUGAAUCAAAAUCACGAUUACCGCUGUAUGAAACAAUCGUACCACAAAAUUUAUCAAGAAGUGCCUUGAUACAAAUCGCUGAGUAUCCGCAGUGGAAGAGAAAGACAUCAGGUUGCUGUGGAGAAUCACAAAUUAAAGCUUUCGGUAGAAAAUAUUACGCAUUUUAUGCUUACUACAAAAUCUACUUUCUAAUAAUGAUGACGUCAUCGGCCCUAGCCGGCAUUGCAAUUGGCAUUAUACAAUCCGAUUUACUCGUUCACUUAGAGAUCGAUGCAAGGAAGUCUUUACACGGUGAACUUUUAAACGUUGAAUCGAGAAAACAGAACACUACAUUGGUACUUCGUCUCGAUAAUUCGAGCGCCGCUACUUCAGUUGCUAACAACUACAUUCUUUCAGAUACAAAUUCCACGGAUGCAGAAAUUGAUUUCAUUGAAUAUACAGCUUUUGCAGAAAAAGAGAGUCUGACGGAGUACCUCGUGACCCGCGCGAUCGACUCUCCCCAACAUUACGUCACUCUGUAUGCAUACGGCAUCGAAAUAUAUGAUAAAAAUGACACCCUGAAAGUGCGUGUCCUUCAUAGUCCUCCUCACCAAGAUUCUUGGACGGCGCCGAGAUCUCUCGCUCGCACUUUCAUGGCACUCUUACGUCACUACAGUGGCAAAAAGGAUGCUACCAUACAAGUUACUGAUGAUCCGUUAGGCUUGGAUCUAACACGGUGGUUGACGUACGCUGGGCAAGGCCCACUGCUGGAACAAUUUUUACUCACUCUAACCAUUUUGCACUUUACUUACAUACCUUCGAAGGAGCAUGGUUUGAUCCGUCACAUGCAGUGCCACGCUAUGAACUUUUCACCGGUUCGCUACUGGUUCACGAUGUUCCUAUGCGAUCUGGUGCUGUACAGCAUCCUGGUGUGCUUUAUGACGGCACUGACUAUUGCAGUCAUAUAUCUCGUCACGCCGCCUACAUAUUUCCACAUCGAUGAUUUGUCUAUACUCCCACUAUUGAUAAUUGUGUAUGGAAUGGGCAGCAUUCCACAAGCUUACCUCUUCAGUUUGGGUCCCCAAGGCGCACUCAACUCUAUGAUUUUUAUAAUUGUCAACAUUAUGUUAGGAGAAACGGCCAUUAUAGCCAAAAUUCAAUUCGGAGAAGCGUGGAGUUAUAUUUUACAAUUCUCGAGCUUUUCGCCUCAAUUCAACUUGGCGCAUGCGUAUGAUAAAAUAAAAAGAAACUUCCUUUACAAUAUGGAAUGCGGUAUAUUUGAAUCAAAAAACCUUUGUUCAAUGGAAACUUUACACAAGUGUUGCGAGAAAUGCGGUGUCCUUCAACAAUGCUUCAAACGACGAUGUUAUCUCUUCGACCAAGAGAAUGGAAUCUUUAUAGAGCUGGUGGCAAUAUUGACAACAUGCUGUGUAUUUAUGAUCAUCCUGUUGCUAUGGGAAUACAGGAUGAUACAACACUUAUGGAUGUUUAUUGUCAAGAUAACUUGUUAUGUCAAAUAUGCGUCAGAUCCGUUGGCGUUUGGAGUGCAAAAGGAAAAGGAGGAUGCUGUGGAGAAAGAAAAGAUUCUUAAAACAGAUAAGAGUUAGGUUAAAACAUUUGGCGAGUACUUACUCGCAGUGGAUGUGACAAAGAAGCAUAUCGGCGAGUGUAUAAUCCGUCACCUAUACCUGGGCCUGGAGAAGGGGGAGGUGAAGGCCGUAUCGGGUUUGGUGCUGCACGGCAGGAGGAACCUCUGCGAGAUACUGGCAGGAUACAAAAUACCCACAGAUGGGAAACUCUGGGCCAUGUCCACCUGGGAAGUACGCAGGCAUCCACAUAAGUACGCCAGGAACGUUGCACUCUGUUCAAACCGCAAUCCCCUGCCGCCCUGGAUGACAGUGUUUGAAGCACUGAAGCUGCUCGCAACACUGCGCGGCGUUCCCAUCAAUCACGUCAAACAUGAAGUGGAAAAUUACAUUAAUUCUCUUGAUCUACAUGAAAAAGCAAACACGUUCAUUGGUGAUUUACAACCAAUGGAACGCACCAAAGUGCAUUUCGCGGCGGCUGUGGUGGGCGCCCCACCCAUAUUAAUUAUGGAUGAAUUCACCGCACAUCAGAAGUAUUCUGUCAGGAGAGCUAUGUACUUUAUAUUGCGACAGUUGAAGAAAAGAGGCCAUGCCAUUGUUACGGGUUCCAGUAGCGUGGAAGCUCACUUGCCAAUGACGAAUCGCUUAGGCAUUCUUCUGCAUGGUUUAAUCUAUGACAUAGACAAUAUAGAUGUUUUGGUGGAACGUUGCGGUAAAAGUGGUUUUACAGUUGUACUGCAUCUUAAAGAUGAUGUCGACGUCAAGGCUAUGCUCUACAGAUAUUUCGAUAUGUUUGUUAUCAAUGACAUGUCCGAGGUCCUCGUAAACGUUCAGAUACUAGAUUCAGACCUCACGUGGAUGACGAUCUUCGAAAAGUUGGAGAUGCUGGUGGCAGAAAACGCUACUGUAUACACUUACAUAGUAACAGCGAUACCUAUCGAUUACAUAUACAACUGGAUCUUAGCUCACGAAACACGUCACGCCGUCAAAGAAUAUGAAGCAUUUUCGUUCCUGAGAAAACGGUUCGAGCGCACUCCGAAGAUAAAACCAACAGAUGAAACAUUGAGCAAGUUAAUCCCAUUCGAACAGAAAUAUAACAUAACUCAAUUGAAAGAGCUACCAUGGUCAGUCAUUUUCCAACGAUAAAUGAAAAUGGAUUAAGACUAAAUGCAGUGAUCAAUUAAUACCAAGUGAAUCACUGCUUGUUUGUUCCUAGAAACUUAUAUAACAAUAUGA